AUUGUCCAUAAAUGCGGUUCCUGCGACAAUAUCAACGCAAGAUGACACCUUCAUACACCUCUGACUGAACAUCUUCUCGAUUCGCUCACCUGAACCGCAGAGAAAAAGAAGAAGAUAUCGGGUCUAGGUCCUUGGCGAUCCUUGGCCACGGCGAUUAGAAAUCCCACAAUUUUCUCGAGCGCACUUUUUGCCUCCCCUCACUUGCAGUGUGGUAGGUGUGACGGGUAUCAGAAUCACCCCACGGGGAAGUCCAUCUGAGCGCCCAGACACCAGUGCGGGAAAGCAGCCGAGACUGUCCGCCAUGGCUUACUACCCAGAGGCAAAGGCAGAUGCCGAGUCGCAACCUCCCACGCGCAACCCGCUGGGUGUGGAUGGCGAUGAUCAAUCGGAUAUCUCAUUGUCGGAUGAAAAAGGGGCACGACACUUGAUCUGGAAGAUCGAUAUCCACAUCAUCCCCUUCGUCGUUCUUCUGUACUUGUUCAGCUUCCUGGAUAGAGUAAAUAUUGGCAAUGCCCGCUUGUAUGGCUUGGAAGAAGACCUGGGUCUUGUGAACAAUCAGUAUCAAGUUGCAGUGUCUAUUCUGUUUGUCACCUACUGCUUAUUUGAAGUUCCAUCAAAUUUGAUGAUCAAGAAACUCAAGCCCUCGCGGUACAUUGCCUCGAUAUCCAUUAUCUGGGGUAUCAUAGCUACUUUGACUGGUAUCACACAGAGCUAUGGUGGGUUGAUCGCUUGCCGUGUGCUUCUAGGUGUCGUGGAAGCCGGGCUCUUUCCUGGGCUAAUGACUUAUCUCACGCUGUUCUACAGCAAGCGCGAGAUCGCACUCCGAACAGGGUAUCUGUUCAGUAGUGCAGCGGCCGCUGGCGCUUUUGGAGGUCUUCUCGCGUACGGCAUUGGCUUCAUGGAUGGCGUCGCUGGGCUGCGAGGCUGGAGGUGGAUUAUGAUCAUCGAAGGAAUUCCGACGGUUGGUCUGGGUGUAUUGACUUGGUUCUUCCUCGCCGAUGAACCUGACACCGCUUACUACCUCAACGACGACGAGAAAGCCAUGGUAGUCCGACUACGCCGACGCCAUGUAGGCCAGACUCCGUCUGCUCAGAAGUUUCACUGGGCGGAUGUGAAAGAAGGCGCCUUGGACUGGAGGAUAUAUGCGUUCUGCAUUGCUCAAUUCGGAGUCGAUACAAUGCUCUAUGGCUACAGCACCUUUCUGCCGACAAUCAUCAAGGGCAUGGGAAAUUGGUCAACCGCCGAGGUCCAAGCGCUGACUAUCCCGUGUUAUGCGCUCGGGGCAAUUGUGUAUCUGGCGGUCGCAUGGCUGAGUGAUCGGACCCAACGGCGUGGAAUAUUCAUCUGUAUCUUCGCCGUGAUCUCUGUCGUUGGUUAUGGAGUUCUGAUCUCGGAUUCGUCGUCCGGGGUGCAUUACUUCGGUGCACUCCUCAUCGCCCUGGGCCUAUAUGUGACGGUGGGACUUCCGCUCGCAUGGCUACCGACCACGCUGCCUCGAUAUGGGAAGCGGACGUUUGCAACUGGUCUGCAGCUGACCUUUGGCAACAUCAGUGGCGUCAUGUCCCCGUUCCUGUACAAAACACAGGAAGCACCGCGCUAUGUUCGGGGCAAUGCUGUAACGCUGUCACUAGUUGGCUUUGCAGGGGUGGUCUAUGGGCUCAUGUGGUGGUACUACCACUACAAGAAUAAGCGAAGACAACAGGGCCUGGAAGAUGAAAAGAUCGCGGGCAUGACAGACGAAGCAAUUGAGGAGCUUGGGGACUAUAGUCCUCGAUUCAAUGAUGACUGGAAUCUUCUCUAUCAUUUGGGAGGCAACGGUCCCUGGAUUGAGAAGCUUGACGGACCUGACGACUCGCAAAUAUCUGGGUCCGAUCUCGAUGGAUGCGUUAUUGAUCAAGUGCACAUGAUGUCGCGCCAUGGGGCACGGUACCCGACCAAAUCCGCUGGUGGCCGCCACCUUGCCCUCCUUGACCGCAUCCAUAGAGCCAACGUGAAGCUAAACGGCACGCUCUCAUUCCUGAACAACUGGACAUACUUCACCGAUGACCCAUCCAGGGACUUCGAGCAAUUGACCACAACGGGACCCUACGCAGGCACCACCCAGUCCUACAGCACCGGGAAGCAAUUCGCAGCCCGAUACGAGGCUCUAGCAAGCAACCAAGUCUGCACCAACCUCUGGGCCAGCGACUGCACCCGCGUCAUCCAGACCGCCCGCCACUUCGCAGCAGGGAUGUCCGGGUCCAGCUGGGACGCAUCCAGAAAAGCGGCUCUGGAAAUCAUCCCAGAGACCUCCGAUCGAGGAGCGGACACCCUCACCCCGGGCGACACCUGCCUCCGGUACAUUGACGACACCGAGCACGGACACGACUACGGAAUCAAGAUGCUCGCGCGGUUCCAGCAGGCCUACAUCCCCGCUAUCGCGGCGCGACUGAUCGAGGCGGAAGGGAACCAGGCGCUGGGUGCGUUCAGCAACGCAGAGGUCUACAGUAUGCAGGAGAUGUGCGGGUUCGAGACGCUGGUUCGCGGAUCGAGUCCCUGGUGCGAGGUGUUCGGGCGCGACGACUGGGAGAACUUCGAGUACGCGCGCGACUUGCUUCAUUACUAUCGUGCGGGGCCGGGGAAUCCCUACGCUGGGGCUAUGGGGUGGCUUUGGUUAGAUGCGACGACGAGUCUGCUGAGGGCCGGCCCAGGAGCUGGGACUCUGUUCUUUAGCUUUGUUCAUGAUGGCGAUAUCGCCCCCUUCUUGACGGCUUUGGAUGUCAUGAAAGAUCCGAAGUAUGAUCCGGCAUUGCCGGUCACCCAUGUGGCGCGGGAUCGUGUCUGGCGUACCUCGUCGGUAAUGCCCAUGGGAGGUCGGAUCGUUUUGGAGCGAAUGACCUGCCUGUCGGAGGUGGCGGGUGCCGAUGGUACUGCUGAGAGUUAUCUUCGGGUUUCUAUCAAUGAUAAAAUCUUCUCAUGCUUGAAUAAUCAAUAG